GGCACCGCCAGCACCGCCAGCACCGCCAGCAUCCAGCAUCCUCCCCCCAAAGGCCCUACGCUCUACGCUGCCAGAAGGACGUCCGCCAUGAAGCUCUCUGCCGUCGCUCUCGCUGCUCUCGUGUCUGUCGCCGCUGCUCAGGGCGUCAGCGAGCUCCCCAAGUGCGCCCAAGAUUGCGCCAGCAAAGGCUUUCCCUCUAGCUGCGGCGCCGAUGUCAAGUGUGUCUGCACCAGCAACGCCUUCCUCGAUGCCAUCACCUGCUGCGUGGCUACGACCUGCAAUGCUGAGGAGCAGAAGAAGACCAUCCAGUUCGCUAAAGGAAUCUGCGGCGGUGUAGGCGUCAACGUCCCUGACUCUGCCGUCUGCCCAACCGGUGGCUCUUCGUCUGGCUCUGCUUCGAGCACUCCAACCUCGUCCGGAGGCAGCUCUUCUGAAACUGGCUCUGUCACCGGCACCGCCAUCACCGGAACCAACUCUCCCACCCCUACCAGCCGCUCAUCUGGAUCUUCCACCCAUGCCACCCAGUCUUCUGGAUCUGGUGCUCCCGCUACCUCGACCGGUGCUCCCACUCAUACCGGAAACGCUGCUACCUCGGUCAACGCCAAUGGUGGUCUCCUUGCUGCCAUUGCUGCUCUCGUUAUCGCAGUGGCGUAGUCUUUCGGAUCUUCCGAAUAAUUAAUCACCCCAUACAUCUCACCUCCUUACCGAAUAUGCCAGUUCGCGCGUGAAGCGCAGAAACUCAGCCAGUCAUAUAUAUCCUUUAUCCGAGGAAAUCAAAGUAUGAGGUAAUUACAGAUACAGAAUGGAGAACUCGAGAAAAUGAAGUUGUUCCUCGUUCAAGCAGUACGUGUGCCUGUGCGUGUGUGCCUCUGUGUCUAUGUGCGAGCUGUUCUCCUUGUUCGCUCCAUGUCUCCUUUGUCCACCGCUUUCAAUGCAAUAUCUUAUAUCCUGCAAUAUAGUCUUAUGUAAUUUGCUCUCCUUCAUUUGCUUUGCUUUUUCUUCUUUUUACUCGACGAGUGACAAGAAGAAACCGAUCCUAGUUUGUUAUAUUACGAAAUAUCCUAAACUUAUUAAAUAUGCCCAUCCCUGAUACGCUCUCCUUG